GAAUCAGAUCCAAGGACCCAUUUACAAGUCGGUGACUUACUUCACUUGUAUUUCUAUGCAAUGUUCACACACACACUUUGUCAUCAAAUAUAAUUAAAUACAUUAUCAAUUAAUUUCUUGCUAUAUAAACUGGAGUUUCCUCUUCUAUUUGUUGCUCCAGCAAUUCAUCCUACCAAAAUUUUCUCCUCUUUAACACAAUGUCUUCCUCUUCUUUGAAGUUCUUGCUUCCUUUGCUCCUCCUCCUCGUAGUUCCACGGAUUUCAGUUAUAGGAGACGACGGUGGACAGGAUGAUCCAGGGCAGCAGUGGUGCAUUGCGGAUGUGCAGACACCAGAUGAUGAAUUGCAGACAGCGAUAAACUGGGCGUGUGGGCAGCAAGAUGUAAAGUGUGACAUGAUCCAAGAGAACCAACCAUGCUAUCAACCCAACACAACCAAAGAUCAUGCUGACUUUGUGUUCAACAGUUACUUUCAAAAUCAUAAAAACAAAGGUGGUAAUUGCUACUUCAAUGGUGCUGCACUAAUCACUGAACAAGAUCCAAGUCAUGACAACUGCCACUUCGAAUAUCUUUCUUGAGGAUUACGUUUUAAUUUUUAUUUAUAAUACUUUUAAUUAUAAUCCUACAUUCUUUAUAUGUCAAGUUGUAAAUGAGGUUUUGAAAAAGAAGCUAGAAGAAAGCUGAUGUUAUGUAAGCACAAAGCAGUUCACAUUCAUAUUGUAUGAAC